UGCUAACUAGGCCUUUUCUGUUGCCCUACUUUUGGUUUGUUGGUUGGCACGAUAGAUCGAAAGCCAAAGUUUGAGAGAAAUUAAUUAAGAUGGCAUCCUCGAAUCGACACUGGCCCAGCUUGUUCAAGUCCAAGCCCGUGGUCUGCAAUCAACGGCAGCAUGACGUCAGCAACCACCACCCUCGCCCUUCCUCCUCCUACAGCCCCCUGGUCGGGGAGGAGCGCAGCCCGGAGCCGAAGCCGCGCUGGAACCCGAAGCCGGAGCAGAUCAGGAUCCUGGAGUCCAUCUUCAACUCCGGCAUGGUCAACCCUCCCCGCGACGAGAUCCGCAAGAUCCGCCUCCAGCUCCAGGAGUUCGGCCACGUCGGCGACGCCAACGUCUUCUACUGGUUCCAGAACCGCAAGUCCCGCACCAAGCACAAGCUCCGCAACCUCCACUCUCCCUCUCCCUCCGCCGCCACCUCCUCCUCUUCCAAACCACUCUCCACUGCCACCUCAUCCUCCUCCUCUUCCUCCGACAACAACAACAACAAACCCUCCCCUCGCGGCUCCAAGCGCACCCUCUCCUCAAGGAACUCCUCAGCACCCCACCACGGCGUCGUUUCCCCGCAACCUCACCAUUCCUACUUACCCGCGGCCCACCACCACCACGACUUCUUCCCUGGGCCGGAGCCCUUUUUCCCGCAGGGUAGCACUGGCGUGAACGUUGCGGCGCCGUUUGGGCAGGGGUUUUGCUUCUCGGAGCCGGCGGCGGUGAAUGUGGGGCCGUGUACCAGUCUUCUGCUCAGCGACAUUCUGAGUGUCGAUCAAGCUCCUACGGCCUGCAGAAAGCUGGAGAAUCACCACGGUGACGUGGCGGACGAUGAUGAUUGCACCAAGAAGUUGCACCAGCUUUGCUACACGCUGGCGCCUACUGUUCCCAGCAUCGGCCUCGGCCCGCCAGGUGGCAAUCUCCAUCUCCAAUCCGACGGCCUUGGUGCUGCCACGUGCAAUACCACCGCGUCUAAUAAUACUGCUGCUGUCCUUCCUUCUUCCCUAAUUCUCAACCAAUUUCCAGGUGGUGGUGGGGAUAAUGUGCAGCCGCCGGCGGGAGUCAGCGAGGGAGGGAGAUCGCCGACGGCGACGGUGUUCAUAAACGAGGUGGCGAUUGAGGUUGGGGCGGGGCCGUUCAACGUGAGGGAGGCGUUCGGGGACGACGUGCUGUUGGUUCACUCUUCCGGCCAGCCGGUUCUGACCGACGAGUGGGGAAUUACGCUUCACUCCCUCCACCACGGCGGUUUCUACUACUUGCUACCCUUCUCCACCGCCCACCACAUUUAAGACGAUGAUGAUGAAAGACAGACAGACGAGGCGAGUGGCGCCUUGAAAUACCCAGCGCCAGCCCGUACGUGUGGAUCCUAUCGUAUCGUGUUCUGGUGGCGAAUUAGGGUUUUUUUUUUU